UAGGUAAACUCAUUACGGCGCUGGUCGGGCUCGGUGCAGAUCACGUGACUAAACGGAGCGUGAGCGGGCAGUGCUACACGAUUCUUAGCGCAGCAAUCACGCCUCACUGGAACCCUAACUUCAUUGCGUUACGCUUCACUGAUUCGCACGUCUGGUGAUCAACUGUGUUUUUCAUUGGAUAUCUGCCACCUGUUAUAAGUUACCUAAUCAAUUGGUCCGUGACCAGUGGACCGUGACCAUGUCCGUCACUAGUGGAACGUGGACAGAGGCCAUCGUGGUGUGACGUGACAGCGAGCACCGAUGAUGACGGGACUACUGCUGCUGCUGCUGGGAGCCGUGGCUUGGAGCUGGGCGCUACAGCUGCAGACAGUAGAGGACAACUGCAUCUACAGCUUCGUGGUACCGCGCGAGCAGGUCAAACAUUCGUGUCAACUGGACGACAAGGUGAGCCGACGACUUGGUGCCAUGGAGAUGAAGACCAACGACUGCAAGAGGGAGGUGAUCCAACUGACGACACAGCUAGAAAAAGAACGCGAGCUAACGACCAGCAAACUGCAACAGCUAGAACGGCGGUUUGGCUUGGAUAGUAAAAGUGUGGAUUUUCUAGUAGACAGGCUAGGUCUACUGGAGAAACAAAUAGAGCAGCUUCACGCAGACAUCAUCAAAAGCAAAAAAACCAACAUGGCCGACGAUGGUUCGCACGUGAACGCCAUAGAAACCAUCCCGACGGUGAAGUCGCUCCUGCAGUUAGAGGUGAAGGGCAUGUACGAGAACCUGAGCAAGCGACUGGAGGCGUACAUCAAGGAGCAGGUUGUUCUCUACACCACAGUCCUCGGGACGGUCCACAAGAUGUCGCAAGGCAAGACCACCGGGAUGCGCAAACCGGCGUCUGCAGCGCCGGUCAAGACGACCCCCGCGCCCCCUAGCGGCGACACUACCGAGAUUGACGAGGUCGUAUCAAAGGCGAACGCCACCGAGGACGAGAUGGCGCAGCAGGUCGGUAAUGUUUCUAUCUCCAGCGAAGACAGCCCGUCCCCCCUGGACUUGAUGACCACAGCUUCCUACGAAGAGCUGUCUACAGCUUCCUACGAGGAGCUGGCCACGGCCAACAGCUCGGAGCUGGUCAUCAAAGACGAUAUGUCCGGAGCCAACGACUCUUUUAGUGGAGAGAACUUGGAGCUGAACGAGACGGUGGCCUUGACUGAGAUCUCCGCCGCCAGGAUAGGAGCAGGCCCCGGCAGCCUCGUCCUGACGGACGCUAAAUCUGUGGACGACAACGAGACAAGCGACGAGAGGGAGAGCAUGCUGCGGGACCAGACGUACCGGCAGGCGGAGCUGGAGGAGAGGCUGAAGGAGGAGAUCAGCAAGACGCUCCUCUCGCAGCUGGCAGAGUUCAUCGGCGUGGUGGAGAAGAGGACGGCGGCGCUGGAGGAGAAGAUCCAAUCACAGGACGAGAAAAACCAAGCCGUCGCCACAAACAUCUCAUCCAAGGUCAAGGAUCUUGACCAAAGUGUCAAGGACGUGAUGGAGCAGACGGACACCUUGUCCCAGGAUUUAGUGGCCUCCAGCCAACAGCUGGACAAGGUCAGGACAUUAGAGAGCCUUGUUUAUGAACUGAAGAAAAAUAUCAGCGGGGAGGGGCUCUCAAUGGCGCCGCUAGAGAUCGAAGAACAAAUUAAAAAAAUCAAAAAGAUGGAGCGGCUUAUGUCGGUAUACAAUAAGUCGCUGGAACCUUUACAGAACGAGACGAAGGUCAGGUACCGCGAGAUGAGGGAUCUGCUGGACAAGGAGAGCGCUGGACUCAGGUCAGCCGUCAAGGCCGUGCAGGACAGCAUCAGCGCCGCUCUCGACAAGCUCAACUACACGCACAGCGAGAAGCUGUUCGACAUCAAGGGCCGGGUGCGCGCGCUGGAGGACAACGUGGUGAUCCUGCAGGUGGACGGCUCCAACAUGCAGCGCAAGAUCAACCAGCUGCCUCGUCUAGAGCGGGAGAGCGGCGACCUCCAGGCCGCCAUCAGAGACUUGUCCAGCAAACAACGCGAGCUCAAGAAGAAACUCGACGAGGUCGACCAUCAGCAGAAGUCGAUGGCCGACUACAUCAACGGCACGGCCAAGCAGGUGUCGGAUCUAAAGACUGAGGUCAAGCUCAACAUUCUGGGCGAGUGGCUGCCCAUGGCGUUUGAGUUCGACAGCUCCAGGACAGACUGCCAUGGCGACCAGUACAUCAAGCGUGUCGACUACAAGGCCGUGCGGCUAGUGGGCGUGGUGCUCUGCUCACCCACACGGUACAAGAUUUUCCUGGCCAACACGCUCCAGUCAAAGUUCCUCAACGUCGGGGACGCUAACGGCCUGGGCGAGGAUCACUGCGAGUUUGUGGGGGCAAGCCGUGACGUCACACCCAAGCUCAGCCCCUUCAGGACGGUGCACUACUCGGUUCAAGGCUAUGCCCGGGGCAACUGGGGUCAGGAGCCAACCCUCCACUCCCUCAACGCUCUCAGACCCUCACCUGACUGGUACGAGUGCGGCGUGACUAUCCCAUAGAGGGGCGGAGCUUCAAGAGAGAAGAGCGGAGCCUAAAGAAGGAAGGUGGAGCUUAAAGAGAGUUUGGGUGGAGCUUACAGAGAGUAGGGUGGAGCUUAAAGAGAGAAGGUGGCGCUUACAGAGAGUAGGGUGGAGCUUAAAGAGAGAAGGUGGAGCUUACAGAGAGUAGGGUGGAGCUCAACCUGUACAUGUCCUGUUCAUGGGCAAACUGCUCACAAAACUUGUCAUAUAACUUGUCACAGAAUUGCUGAAAGACUUAGGCUGGUCAGCCAUUGGAUGGUUUGUUUCCCUCCCCCCUCCCCACAGCAGGUCAUGUUGGAAUGGACAAACUAUGCAGACUGUUACAGUACCAAAUUGUGAUACUUCUAUAUUUUUAACACUUUUUGCUGUUCUUUAUGUCAAUUUAUUUAUUGGCCAAUGGAGUCAUUACAUGGAGUCAUUACUUGUAUUACUAUAUGGAGUAUUUCUUAGUGGAAAAUAGAUUGAAGUGGCUAAAAAAGAAAUGACCAAAAUAGAAGUGGCCAAAAUAGAAGUGGCUAAAAUGUAAACAGCCACUAGAAGGAAGCGGCCAGUGGCUCAAUUAAGGAAACAGAUGACAAAUUCUGUAGCUUAGAAAACUUGUUGUAAAUUAUACAUAGUUUCAUGGUUACAGACAGAUAUGUUAUUUAUAUACAGUGGUACCUCGAGAUACAAGUUUAAUUCACCCCGUCACAUUGCUCAUUUGUAUUGUUACACAUUCAAAUAAGAGAAAUGCAUUUAUAAAUUGCUAAUUUUGUAUAAAAAGAUAAGGAUCAAGUCAAUAAAUUAACUGGUUCUAUAAAGUUUAUAAAGUCUUUGGCAAUCAGCAAACCUGAGCUUACUGGAGAACAGAUUACUCAUAUCCCAAUCUUUUCUCUAACUCUAUCAACUGUAAAGCCAGAUGGUCUCUAAUUCAAUGCAAAAAAUUUGGCUCUCUCAAAUGCUCGUAGUUAAAAAAUCUCAAAUAUAAGGGCACUCAUAUGUUGAGGUACCACUGUAUUUUGCUUUUCACAUUGAUGUGAAAUUUUAUUUUUUCCAUUUUGUUCAAUUUGACUGGGUUAUAAAUAAUAUGACUGUUAUAACCAGGUGUUAUAAGAAAUGAUAUACCUGGCGGCUACAUAGAAGCAAAUGAUGAAAAACUCAACAAGCUCAUGUGCAGCCUUUACUGCUGGAACUUAGAUCUGAUCCAAAUUAUUGGGUGGACACAAAAGGGAAAUUAGCAUUUUGUUACCAUUUGUUAAAAAAUGUAAAUUAUCGUUUGUGUAAUUUACUGUAAUAUUAAGUAUGUGUGCAACAUAGUGUGUGUAAUGUUGAUAGUUUGAGUAAUGUUGAUAGUUUGUGUAAUGUUGAUAGUUUGUGUAAUGUUGAUAGUUUGUGUAAUGUUGAUAGUUUGUGUAAUGUUGAUAGUUUGUGUAAUGUUGAUAGUUUGUGUAAUGUUGAUAGUUUGUGUAAAAAUGAUAGUUUGUGUAAUGUUGAUAGUUUGUGUAAAAAUAAUAGUUUGUGUAAUGUUAAUAGUUUGUGUAAUGUUGAUAGUUUGUGUAAUGUUGAUAGUUUGUGUAGUGUUGAUAGUUUGUGUAAUGUUGAUAGUUUGUGUAAUGUUAAAGUUUGUGUAGUGUUGAUAGUUUGUGUAAUGUUGAUAGUUUGUGUAAUGUUGAUAGUUUGUGUAAUGUUGAUAGUUUGUGUAAUGUUGAUAGUUUGUGUAAUGUUGAUAGUUUUUGUAAUUUCUUUGAUAUGGACUUGACCAAAAUAGAAGGUGCAUCAUUAGAAACAAACAUAGAAUAAACAUUUU